CGUGCAUGCAACUGACGGAUCUGUCAAGUCUGAAAACCAUAUGAGCUCGAGCUCGCAUUUCUUUAUAAAAUCUUAAACCCUCACGUUGUAAAUUUAUCCAUCAAAAUGUCCGGACGCGAAGGAGGCAAGAAGAAGCCACUGAAGCAGCCCAAGAAGGACUCGAAAGAUAUGGACGAAGACGAUGCCGCUUUCAAGGCCAAGCAAAAGGCACAACAGAAGGCUAUGGAGGAUGCCAAGGCGAAAGCCGCAAAGGGAGGUCCUCUGGGCGUAGGAGGCAUCAAAAAAUCCGGCAAAAAGUAGUAGCAGCAGCAGUAGGCUGUCACCUGGGAAGCUAACAUGGCUGCCAUAACUGCGUCAAUGUUGCUUGUGUUGUUUCACUGAUUAACGUUCCAUCUCAUGGGUUGCUGCGCGGGGACAUGAAAAAUAACUGGACACUUUCUCACUACCUAUUCAAUAACACACUCAUUUUGCCUGGAUUUAUUGCGGAAUGCUCCGAUUGUAAGACAAAUAUGUAAUAAUGGAAGAUUUUCUUUGAUAAAUAAACUUUUAAAUCGGCUGUAAAA